AUGAAGUCCAAAGCUCGUCCGCUGAUGGCGAGUGAGUACCUUGUAUCGCUGGGUGCCUGGGGCUGGAUCGCUCUCCUGCUACGAGCAACUCGCAUCACAUUCGCGCUGCUCCUAAAGGUCGCACGCGCAGCCAUCGGCAGGCCCACGCGCUUCGACACAUUGUACGAGUAUGUUGUGUACCAAGGCAUGCUGGAUUUCCAGUCCAACCUCGAUGCCGUGGCCAUUCAGAACCUGCUACCGUCCACAACGAAGACGUGUCGCAGCGUAGCCAAGACGCUGGGCAUACCGCACACCGAGAUCCGACUUGGCGAUGGAACCAUGGCUAUACGGUUGGGCCGCGCAAAGACGGAAAAGGUCAUUGUGAUCUUCCACGGCGGCGGAUACAUGGGACCUGCGCUCCCCGAACAGGUCAAGGUCGCGUGGGGGUUUGGCGAUUCUCUCCCAGGCGACACGUCUGUCUUCAUUCUCCCAUACGCCCUCGCCUCGGAGACCGGCAAUCACUACCCCCGUCAGCUCCAGCAGGCUGUAGCGCUCAUCGACUAUCUACUUGACUCGCAAUCCGUGCAGCCCUCGACCAUUACAUUGAUCGGAGACUCUGCCGGCGGACACCUCGUGCUGAAUCUGCUGUUGCACCUCGCACAUCCGAACCCCCUCGUAUCGCCUCGACCGAUUCAAGGACGCCUCGCCGGCGCCGCCCUCAUUUCGCCGUGGGUCGUGAACGGAAGCGCCGGGAGAUCGAUGACAGACAAUACCGACAAGGACAUCUUAAGCCCCGCCGCCCUCGAGUACUGGACGAAGAACUACAUGGGCGAUUCGGCGCCUGACUACUGGAACAGCCUCCUCACGACACCGGCAGAGUGGUGGGCCGACUUGCCGGUCGAGGACAUACUCGUCGUGUACGGGGACGACGAAGUGCUUCGGGACGGCACGGCAGCGCUGUGCGAGGUGAUGCAGGCUGGUCAUAAGAGAACGAGAGCAGUCAAGUUCCCGCGCGAGCUCCAUACCCAUAUGCUAAUGAACCGGUUUCUCCGUAUCAAUAAGCCUUGUGCAUCCGAACGCGUUUUUCUCGAGUGGCUCUCCGAGUGUCGGCCUCGAAGGGAUCGGUAG